CUCGCAAGUCAUCAAGAUGGAGAGUAGCAAGCGAGCAAAGCGGAGGGAGCAUGUUGCCAUCCACUACGAGGGUGAUGGUGGUGGGGACACAAGAGCACCGCAGCCAGCGCAAGCAGACACGGCGAAGAAGAUGGAGAACGGCAUCCUUCCUUCCCGAGCUCUGAAGGGUGUGCUGGACACCCCAGACAACGCAGCACUUGCCUUGCAUUACAUUCCAAAGGGAUCGCCGCUGAUUGUCGAAGGGCGUGUCAUCGUGGAAUGCUCUACUCACGACAUACCAGAAGGGCACAGGUUCACCGUCGAGCACAUUGGCGCUGGUGAGGAGAUACGCAGUUGGGGCAUCCCGUUCGGCAUCGCCCUCACAGACCUGCAGCCUGGCCAGUACCUGUGCAAUUCCAAGUCGCUCCAAGCCUUUAAAGAUCGCAAGAGCACGCUGCAUCUACCAACUGAGCCAAACUUCAAGAACGCACCAUUCAAGCGGCACGUUGUCCCAGAGGAAUCCUUCACGCCGGCUCCACCAACACAGACAACAGCGCCGCAGCUGUCGGAGACAGAGCGCAAGCGCACCUUUCGCGGAUAUGUGCGUGCCGGCGACCGUGGUGUUGGCACACGCAACUACGUCGUCAUCAUCGGCGCAUCGGGACUCGUUGCAGGGUUCGUGCGAGCAGUGGAGGCUGCUUAUGAACACACCAUCGAAGCAGCACGGAAGCAGAUGCCAAACGUGUCGUGCCACGGUGUUGUCGCCGUCGCACACACGGAGGGCUCGCACUUGCGCACAGAGGAAAAACUCCCAAACAACUUCAAAAAGAUGGUUCGCACGCUGGCUGGAUUUGCCGUCCACCCGAAUGUUGGUGGCGUUCUCAUUGUCGAUCAGGGAGAGGAAGUCCUCCAAGCCAAGGACAUUCUGGCGUACAUGCAUGCACGUGGCUACCCGCUUGCCUCUGUCCCGCACCGCACCAUGUCGCUCGGCGCUGCUGCGUAUGAGGACAACAUUGCGCGCGCGUCAACGCUCGUGGACGAGCUUCUCAAGGAGGCAUCCACCUGCAUAUCCAAAGACGUCCCCAUGUCACACAUCGUCCUUGCCCAACAGUGCGGAGGGUCGGAUGCCUUCUCCGGCAUUUCCGCCAAUCCACUGGCAGGGUGGCUGGCGCGGCGGCUCGUGUGUGUCGGCGGUUCUGCGCUGCUGGCGGAGACGGACGAGCUAAUUGGCGCAGAGGGAUAUGUCCUCUCGCGAUGCAGGGACUACCGCACGUGCAGCAAGUUUCUGUCGCUGGUUGACCGGUUUUACCGCUACGCGAAUCGUCGUGGUCACUCCCCAGAGGGAAAUCCGUCUGGUGGAAAUCUCUUCCGCGGCCUCUACAACAUCACCCUCAAGAGCGCGGGAGCGGCGAUGAAGAAGUUGCCGGACGUGCGGUUGGAUCACGUCGUUGAAUAUGGAGAACUGCUGCUGCGCAAGGGGAGCGGGUAUUCCUUCAUGGACAGUCCGGGAAACGAUCUUGAGAGCAUCGCCGGGCAGGUCGCCUCAGGAUGCAAUGUGAUUCUCUUCACAACCGGAAAUGGAUCCGUCACCAACUUUCCUUUCGUGCCCACGCUCAAGGCGCUGACCACAACGGCGCGAUUUGAACUGUUGGAAACGGAUAUGGACAUCAACGCCGGGCUCUUCCUCGAUGGAAAGCUGACGUUGGACGAGCUGGGUGAGGCCGCGUACAAGGAGCUGAUCCGCAUCGCGUCCGGCCACCCGUCAAAGGGCGAAAUUGCAGGCCAUCACCAGACGCAGCUGUGGCGCAACUGGUCCGCACUUGAGGGCGAACCCGCUGACAAUGAGGACGACACUGAUCAGCGCAGAAGCGGAGACACAACACAGGAGGCCAUUCAGCAGGAGAGCGCAUCCGAGUCAUCGACAGGCAAAGCAGUCGAUUCGUCCUCCGCAGACGCAGCAAGAAGCGGGCAAGCGCUUGCGUUGUCUGCGCCCACACACGUUGAUGUUGAGGCGGUCUUGAAGCAGACGCAGCUGUUGGGUGUGAGCGGUGGGAACGUGAUGGUGCGCAAUGACGUUAAUCAAGCAUCAGAUCGUGUGGGCCUCAUUCUUCCCACAAGCCUCUGUUCAGGCCAGGUUGCUGUGCGCAUCGCCCAGCGCCUGAACGCCAACAACAGGAGCAACGCUGCAAGGGAGCCCACUCUCACGCGCUUUGUGGCUCUGCCCCACACUGAAGGGUGCGGGCAUUCAUCUGGCGACCACGAAGCGCUCGUUCUCCGCACGCUGCUGGGCUAUGCGCGCCACCCGAUGGUGGGACAGGCCGUGCUGCUGGAGCACGGUUGCGAAAAGACGCACAACGCACGCAUGCAGAUUGAGCUGGAGCACUCUGGUGGACAUUUGGACCGAUACGGCUUCGCCAGCGUGCAGUUGGAUGGCGGGUUUGAAAAUGUGGCCAACAAGGUUGAGGCAUUAUUCAAAGAGCAUGAGGCCGCCGUUGCCGCCGACCUUCAUCUCCAACGUGAACCCGCGCACCCGAGCCAGCUGCGUGUUGGCUUCGUGUCAGACACGAAUUUGCCCACACCGCUGCUUGCAGCCGUCUCGCACGUGGUGAGCACGAUUGCGGCCGCAGACGGCCUUGCAGUUGUCGCCGGGACUUUCAAAUCUGCACACGUGCUGGAGAGUUUGCUAGCAGAAGGCGUUGAUCCGACCACUGCAACGCUCGGUUAUGGCCAGGCUGCUCCAUCACAUGGCGCCCACGUGAUGUCUGCGUCGACAAGCAACCUGGUGGAGCUUGUUGCGGGGCUCGCUGCCACAGGCGUGGAAGUAAUUGUUGCCUGCGUGCGUGGCAGCUACGCGAUCGCACCGCACCCGCUCGUGCCUCUCCUUCAGUGUGCUGUCGUGUCGGAGUCCCUCCCCAUGCUGUCGCUCGACCUUGACGUCCGCCUGACGUCCCAGCCAGACGAAGAGGAGGAUGCCGUUGCAACGCGUUGGAGCGCUGAGUUGGCGAAGCGUGUCGCUGCCUGCCUCUCUGGAUCACAACUGCCGAAGCUGUGGGGAAAGGCACAGCCCGACUUUCAACUCUCUCGCGCCGCCAACGCUGUCUCCAUGUGACGAUCAUCGAUGGCACAGCUUUGCCCGGCCGUGUAUGUGGACGUGGUUGCUGUUGUAUUCGGUGUGCAAGUGCAAGCAUGCAUCAGCGGGAAGGUGCCUUGUUCCAGCGCCUGCCAACCACAGUUGUCAUCCUUCCAACCCCACUUCCUUGCUUCUGUUGCGUCUUUACUGUGAAUCGCAACGACCACGUGGCAAUGUUAGGGCGCGACAUAAAUUGGACAAAAGCGCAGAAAUACAUGGGCAGAAACAG